CGCCGGCGCGCACGUCGUGUCCUCACUCCUCAACACAUUACGUUCGAUAACGCGCCCUAUUUAAACGCAAUACUCAUGUUAGCUGCGUACGAAAGGAGCGAAACAUUGAAUAUCUAUUUACAGUUGUGAGAAGUUGAUAACAAAACAGUGAUUUUUAAAAUAACGAUCAUAUUUUCUAGUCCUAAGAUAGUUCGGCGUGCUACCCAAACCGGCUCCGUGACCAUAUGAUCUGCACUGGACCCGCUCGAACCGAGCGACCCUCGCGAUCGGUUUGCAGUUACGAUGCGGAUUAAACAUUAAAGUUCAAUUGCAAGACGGAUCUGAGGAUGACUCAGUAAGACUUUCUAGUGUUUCGGUGUCAGUUUUGUUCGACUUGGGGAGAUGUGAUUGUUGACGUUGUGUUCAAAUAUUGUGUUGAAAGAUAUGGCUGGUGCUAGUGAGGAUGGUGUGAUUGUGGAGGAUGUGCCCUCGCAGGAGACUCGGAGGCGAGGGCUUACCGGUUCGAUGUCCUUGCGCACGCGCAAACUUGGAAGGCGCCUUUCACGCAGCAUGUCCAUCGUGGCGCUGAAACUGCCCGAGAAGGCGCAGAGCAUAACGCGAACCUCUUCGAAACUAAUGAGAUCUGGCAGCCGUGAUAAAAAGAAUAGAUCUUUUGAGCUUUCUGUCAUCCUUCCUGACAAAACGCAAAAACAGGUGACUGUUUGGGGCAACAGUACCGUUGCAGAAGUGGUAUGCGAAACCCUCCACGAAGCAGGAGUUGUACUCACGGGAUCUCCAACAGGACCCUUGUCAGCUCCUCAAGUAUUACCAUUGGCUGAACCUCUGCCGCAACCAGAAGUCAUGAUCGCACCGCCCACCGCUCUACUGUUUCUCGGAGGAUCGAAAGCACCAGUGGAGCCGCGAUCGUCUGCUAUGUGUUUGGAGGGGGAAGUGCUUGUAGUGGAGCAUGAACCACAAGCAUGGGACGGCAAGGAUCUUGAAGUAUUUUUGGCAUGGGAAAAAAUUUACGCCUCUACAUUGUUCUCCGCACUUGAACUCUAUGGAAAACCACUUUUACGCGCUGCUGUCAUUACCAAAGAAGAAUAUCAUUUACUAUUUUACUAUUUGGAAUCAGUCUCUGAAGCUAGUGAGGCACUAACACUGAGAAUGAGAAGAUAUAUAGACUCCGGUUUGCUUAAAAGUAAAGAAGAAACUGGUAUUGAUGAAAAGAGACAAGAAGUCAAAGAACGUGAGAAAGAAGAGGAAAGAAAAAGUAUAUUAACAGAACUCAUUCAGGAAGGUAUUCUCUCUCAACAGGAUAUUGACUUAUCUUCUCUGAUCACAGAAACAGAGUGCUCCGAUGAAAUUGUUACAAACAAUAAAUUAGACGAUGACAAUAGAUCCAGUGUUUCUUCAGUAUGUUGCUCUCUUCGUAAAAUGGCGAUCGAUAUUCCAGUAGAUAAUUGUGAAUCUGUCAUAGAAAGCCCUUCCAUAAUAGAAAGUAGUGAUAACGUUACGACUGUUACUAUCAGAAGUGGCGGUCAAUGUUGCGCAGAUCAUAGAAUUUCAGCCGAUGUUUCUGAGAAUGUCUGGUCCAACGUUAAAUGGGAUUUUCUCAACCCCGCAGACUUUGGAUAUGAUCAAGUGCCAAAUGUAAAAAGGAGUCGUUCUGAUUCUGCCCUAAGUCCAGUGACUAAAAUACGUAAUGAAGAACUAUAUGAAAGGUUGCAUAAUGAGGAGGAAUCCUGCGGGAGUAUGACACCAUAUGAAUCAAUAGAAGACCUAUAUGACUGCAUAAAAAAGGCAGCCUAUAAUAAUAUCGCGGCUGAGGAAUCCUCCCCAUCAACGGAGUAUCCCUCCGAGCUGCAUUAUCCGGUUUACUUUGAAAAAUCAAGCGCAACUCGUCAGAGUUCUGCAAGUAGCGAAAAAAGUGGUACGUCAUCUGCAUUUCCAUUUUCAAAAUGUGGUUCGAGCGAUUCAACAGGGGCAUAUACGUCGUGUGAAUCUACUAGUGGCGUCAGCUCUUUCAUUCCAAAAAAUAUACCAGAGUCUCUGAAAUGUCGUGAACUACCACCACCACCGGAAGUCGAAAUAAACGAGAGUACUAUACUACUGAAACAGCUGUUUAUGGGUGAACUAUUGGAUGCUUAUGGAGAGUAUUUGUCAGCUUAUCCGUAUGCAAGGGCAUUGCUGCGUCGGAAGUCGAGACGGGACGAACACUUCAUGGCGUUGGCUGACAUCAGGCGUGGUGCAGCGAAGUACACCAUCGGCGAUUACCUAGAGCUACCGAUCGAACGCCUAGCGCAGUACGAGCGUCUGGUCGGCGGCGGGUGCGCCCGGAGACGUGCCGCACGCCUGUCCGACUUGGAGCGUGUGCAAGACCUCUUUCCACAUGACUACCUCGCGCUGCAUGAUGCCGACGCGCCCGCAGCUCUUGCCUCGCACCAUGCACAGAAAUCGAAGAGCCUCAGAAAACGGCCGAGUUUGGAUAUCGGCGGUACAGUUAGCGGUAAUAGCAACUCGCUAUCGCCACGCACCUUCAUUAUGGAAGCUCCGGUCCAACUUAGCCCUUUGGGAUCGACGUCCCCACCGCUAGACCGCCAUCUGUUCCUCUUCAGUGACUUGCUCUUAGUUGGCAAGUCUAGAGGCACCAAUUGCUUUAAAUUGAAAGAGAGUGUAAGGCUAGCAGAACUGUGGCUUUCCUUGCCCGAAGGUGACGAUACAGGAUUUCUUGUUGGUUGGCCUGCAGUCACUGGCGUUACGAACUACCUUGCUACCUACCCCACGCAAGCUGCCAGGGAUACUUGGUUUCGAAAAAUCCAAAAUGCAUUAAACGCGCAGCUGGCAACGGAACCAAAGUCGACGAAUAUUCAGAUUUUCUAUAAGGAUCUGGCGAGCUCAAUUGAAUUCUGUAAGACUGUAUCGAUAAGUCCCGAAAUGAGCGCCCGUUGCGUAGUUCGUCAAGCAUUGCACGUCCUUCAGAACGGUGGGGACGGGGAAGCAGAACAUGAAGGCGAGCACGAGGGGGAAGAAGGGCGGUGGGGUGCCGCCAGUGACUUUACGCUCUGCGUACGCGCAGGACGAGAGGCGCCCCCCACUCCGCUCCAGGGUAUCGAAAGACCCCAUGCUGUUCAGAUGUCACGCAUAAGACAAACUCUGUCAAGCGAGGAUGGUUUCGAUCUAGAACACGUGAAUGCAAAAAAUAACCCAUGUGGAUUGGUCUUCGAACUAAGAAAGAAGAAUCAAGGUUUGAAGAGUAACAGCACAACUCCAGGUCGAGGUCUGCGACUGCUCCGGCGAGGUGGACGACUCUUCGGCGUAGCAUUAACACGACUAUGUAACGGAACACCUCCGCCCGCCCUCCUACAAGCCCUACGGCGCCUGAGAGCCACGGCUCCACUUACUCACGGCGUUUUCCGUAGGAGUGCUAAUGCUAAGGCUCUAAGACUGCUUAGGGAUAAGUUGGAUACCCUGGGUCCGUGGGCAGAAGGCUGCGUAGAACUGGACCGCUCACCAGUUCUGUUGCUGGCUGCACUCGUCAAAGAGUUCUUUCGAGCAUUACCGCAGCCUCUGCUCUCUGCCGAGUUAUAUCCCGCCUGGCUACAGGUUCUAAGUUUGCCUCAAGCUGAGAAAGUAGCCGCCGUACGUUCCCUAUUAUUAAAACUACCGAAAUCUCAUUACAACAUGUUGACAUACUUCGUGUGCCUCUUGCAGGCCAUCGCUAAGAAGUCAAACAUUAAUCUCAUGUGCCCUAUGAAUUUGGGUGUCUGUGUUGGGCCCAGUCUGCUUUGGCCCAAUGUUCCCUGUGACAAAGCUCCUAAAGCAGUGCCAAUGGUCGUCGAACUUCUUAUAGUCAAAGCUGAAGCUCUGUUUGGGCCACAAAUUGCUGGUCUUCUCGGUAAUGGUAGCCCUGAGUCAUCUAAUGCACUUUUGGAUUCUGGAGCAGAAGAAAGCGACAGCCUUCAUUCAGUUGGAAUAUCACUUGAUUCGAUGGAACUAUCGACGCCGAGAAAAGAAAAACUAUCCCUUAGCAGGGAUUCAGGGCUAACACUUUCUGAAGACGAUUCCAACAGCAACGGAGGAAACAGCCCCGCUCCUAGAAACAUAUUGCACAGUCUCUCUGCUCCAACGUGCAACUUACAGCAAGAGCAAAAGUUACUUUCACGCUACAACACUGACCAUCAUAACGUUAACGGUCUUCCUCAAAUUGCGCAACGCCAACAAAAUAUUUAUUCUAAUAAGGCUGAAAUGUAUAGUACUGUUAACGAAGAAUUGUAUACAAUGCCGUACAUGGGAGAAAGAUAUGUACAUAAUUCCGUUAAUAUUGGCAUCGCGAAUGGUAUCGAUGAUAGAAAUUACGUUUCAAAAGCUGCAGUACAACGAUCUACUGCUGAUAUUUAUGGCCAGAGUCCCGCGAAGUAUAUAACAGGUUUAGAACCACAAAAACCACCCAGGAGCAAUGUCUCGAAAGCAGCUAGAACUUCAAAAGUGUAUAGUAUGUACGCAGAAACUCAAGAACCAGAUAAGAAUGUACCCAUCAAAAACUUCAGUAGAGCAAAAAGUUCUGACAAUUUAUUAGAAUCUAAACAGGAAGCGAUUGAUAAUAAACGUGAUAUAGUAUCAAGUCAAGAGAACAUCGUUUACAGCAACAUUCAUGACCUUGCAAUGUUCACAGAAAAUAUUCAGCGACAAAAUCAAUACCAAUCACAUGCAGACAUUUUAUCUAAUAAAAACUACUCCCGUGUUUACACUGGAUGGGAGAAAAAAAGUGCAAAUUACAACAAUCAAAUAAAUACGUGCCAAAACGAGAAAAUUUACGGCCAAAUGAACAGAAACCAAGGGGAGUCUUCGCAAAAUAAAUCAGAUGGAAAAACAACACCGGCAGCCACCAUUUUUACAAGAAAUGACUGGACUCGUCAAGCAGCGAGGACAAAGAGCUUAGAAGUUAGUGAUGAUGGACAGAGCAACGUUACGGACAAAACUCGUAAUGGCAGCUACGAAAUAAACGUUGUCAACUGUUGUCGUAAAAGAAGGUUCGACCCCGCUCAUAUGUGCACGAAAAACUGCAUAACGCUUUCGAUGGUUAGUAAUAAAGACAAAGAUAAACAUGCAGCAAAUUCACAAAGCGCCUAUGCGUACAUUGACGAUAUCCACAUAAACAAUUCAGAGGAAGCAAAGAAAUGUAGAGGUCGUAUUUAUAAUAAUAAUAAAUUGAACCAAUCCAAAUCGUUAGCAAAUAUUAUUUUACAGAGUGACUCCAGCAGCAAUGAUACGCUGUAUCAGCCACAAAACUCUUUUAACAGCCGCUCAACGGAAUCAACGGCAAGCGAAAAUUCCUUUGAGAAUUGCUACACCACCCAGUACAUUGAACCACUGUAUACAUCAGUUUACAACAGAAGAAGAGAUAUUUUCCACGAAGAGAAGAACAACAUGUUCCCAUCAGACAUCUACAAAGCGACGCCAACGGCCGUUCAACCUGAUUAUUCGUCUGAGAAAGAACAGAAUAACAACAGCAAAAAACCACCACACAUGCCUCCACCCGUGCCCCCUAGAAAAAUGGUUUACCAGAGAGUCCUUAAGAAGUUUCAACCUGUACAUGUGAACAAAGAUGACAAGGCGUCACGUUCGAAAUCUGUGCCGCCCCUGUACAGAGAUCCUCCUAAUGGAACUGAGAAAAAUGGACAAAACGUCGUAGCGCUUGAUUGCUCGGAAUCUGACACGGAAUCGGAGUCAUACGUGUGAACGCAGAAGCACAAUACAAUAUUAAUUUUAACAUACUUUAAGGGUGCAAUAGUAGUACUGUAUAACACGCGAGUAGUUUGCAUGUAAUAGCAUUUUCAUUAUAUUCCUUCAUAAAAUAAUGUCACGCGUAGAAUUCUUUCGUGUAUUCUAUUUAGAUCUAUUCUCUGAAUGUUAUUAUAGUACUUCUAUUUAAUUUUAGCGUUAUCGUGUGAAUCCCGCCUUAAAUUUUCUAUAUAUGUGACCAUAACCUGAGAUGUUUUGGUGAUGUAAUUCCAAAGACGUAAGAAUAGUUCGCGAACUUAAUUGUAUUAUGUACAGAUGGAUUUUAAUAGGAAUCUAAUAAAGAUAUUACUUUUAUGUAGUUGAGUAUUUUAUAGUUUUAACAGCAGCUACUUUUAAAUUCAAUCAAUACGUAUAGGUAUUAUAGUUGUUUGUAUUGGAUUAUACGUAAUGUUAGCAUCUAUUGUGUCAUGUAUGUGUUACGAGUUUUAAAAUAAAUUAUAAUAUAAUAUUGUAAAACAAAUAGAUUUGUAUAUUAUG